GCCGUGAUCAUGGCGCCGCCGCUAUUCGUUCUCCUCCUCCUCUGCCUUGCUGCCUUGCCGAGAGACACCGCUGCGCUAACCCGCCGUGACUUCCCUGACGGGUUCAUCUUCGGCGCGGGUACCUCGGCCUUCCAGGUGGAAGGGGCUGCUGCAGAAGAUGGGAGGAAGCCCAGCAUCUGGGACACCUUCACCCAUCAAGGUUACUCCUAUGAUAAAUCUACCGCAGAUAUUUCAGCAAAUCAGUAUCACCAUUAUAAGGAUGAUGUAAAACUUAUGUAUGAGAUGGGUUUAGACGCGUACAGAUUCUCCAUCGCAUGGCCCCGGCUUAUACCAGAUGGAAGAGGAGAGAUCAAUCCGAAGGGCUUGGAGUACUACAACAACUUAAUAGAUGAAUUGAUACGGCAUGGCAUACAACCUCAUGUCACAAUCUACCAUCUCGAUCUCCCUCAAUCCCUUCAGGACGAAUACAACGGACUGCUCAGCCCCAGAUUCAUAGACGAUUACACCGCGUAUGCUGAAGCCUGCUUCAAGAGCUUCGGGGACAGGGUGAAACACUGGGUCACCGUCAACGAGCCCAACAUAGAGACCAUUGGAGGCUUCGACGGUGGCGUGUUGCCACCGCAGCGCUGCUCCCAUCCCUUCGGUGUGAACUGCACUGGAGGGAAUUCCACGACAGAGCCGUACAUAGCCGCCCACCACCUCCUGCUUGCACAUGCCUCAGCAGUGUCCCUCUAUAGAGCCAAGUACCAGGCAACUCAAAGAGGACAGAUAGGAAUUACUCUCUUGGGCUGGUGGCAUGAGCCGGCUACCAAUUCAUCGCAGGACGCAGCUGCUGCAACGAGGAUGAAUGACUUCCACAUUGGAUGGUUUAUGCAUCCUUUGGUGUAUGGGGACUACCCUGCUGUGAUGAGGAGCAGGGCAGGAGCACGGCUGCCGGAUUUAACAGUGGAGCAGUCUAAUAAAUUGCGCGGAGCAUUCGACUUCAUCGGCCUCAAUCACUACCUCGUUGUUCGGGCGCGAGCCGACGGCAGCACUUUCAAUCUGGAGCAGAGAGACUACUAUGCUGACGCAUACGCCAUCGCAAAUCCAUUCGAUGAUAUCCAAGAGGGCCGCCUUGAGUAUGCUCCUUGGGCUCUAGGGAAGCUACUGGACCACCUGAAAAUCAAGUACGGGAAUCCACCAGUCAUGAUCCAUGAAAACGGAUACGCAGACGCCUCCGAACUCCCGCGGAAGGUCGAGUACGAGGACGACAGCAGAUCAGAGUUCCUGCAAGAUUAUCUGGAAGUUCUCUAUCUGUCCAUAAGGAACGGAUCGGACGUGCGGGGAUACUUUGUGUGGUCUUUCCUCGACGUGUUUGAGUUCCUCUUCGGCUACCGUUCGCGUUACGGUCUGUGCGGCGUCGACAUGAACAGCGAGGGGAGGACAAGAUACGUGAGGAACUCUGCCCACUGGUACUCUGGCUUUCUCAAAGGCGGCGAGCUGCGGUCGGCGUCAUCGCCGGGGAAAGCCUACGCCGCCGCAUGACCUGUGGGCUUCCUGGACACUGCCGGAGGAGGAUUCGGUGUUGUUCCAUUUUUAGCAUGGCCUGUCAGGUUUUCGUUGUUGUUCAGGCUAUGGCGCUAGUGCCGCUUUGUUGUUCUUAUUCUCUGCUCUAUCUGUAUAUUUCUACGUGAAACGUUUAGCUGUCAACAUGUAUUCGAACGCGCAGCCUUGUAAACUGCAAAGG